CAUGCAUUUGGGAGUGGUGGCUGGCUUGACCGCAGUGUCGUGCCCGGGCCGAAAUGCAGAGCUCUACUGUGUUGGUGUCAAGAGAGAGACCGGAAGUUUGCCACUUGGCCUGACAUCAGCACGUUGCUGACCAAUCAGCAUGAGAUGAGAAAACGAAAGUGAAAAGAAGAAAUUACACCAGCUCGCCAUUUUAAACAAAUGAAAAAGAAACUGGAGAACAGCAAAAAAAUAGCACAAAAAAAUACAACAUAAAAAAACACCAAACUUCAAACAACUCAUCCCAACAUCAGACACUCAACACAGCAGUUCAGAGCAGGUGAAAGUAGUAAGAUCGAUCUACAAAUAUAAUUUGAGAACUGAACAUAUUUGAGGAAACAGAAGAUCACUGGCUCUAAAAUGGAGAGAGUGAGAGAGGAGGAUGAUGUUGACUAUCAGAACAAGAGAUCAUCAUCUCCAGAGCCCAGCUGUUUGUCUAUGAGGAGUGACAGAUCCAUGCCAACAACCCCUAACUUCAGUCUUGGAUCAGUGACCUUUAACCCUAGAGAUAAUCAGACUGGAGACCUGCAGCGGGAUUCCCACCAACCAGAUGAACAAUUACAGAGAGUCAAAGACCAGCACAAAACCAGUAUGAAGAGCAAGUAUGAGAGAUUAUUUGAGGGACUGAAACUCCGGGAAAAUGAAACCCUCCUGAACAGGAUCUACACACAGCUUUACAUCAUAGAGGGAGAGACUGAAGGAGUGAAUGAAGAACAUGAGGUUUUACAGAUGGAGAAAACAGCCAGAACACAAGACACUCCAAUCUACUGCAAUGACAUCUUUAAACCCUUACAUGAACCAGGAUGUGAGGAGAAAGACCAGACCAAGACUUCUUCUGUUCUUACUAAAGGCAUCGCUGGAAUCGGAAAAACUGUCUCUGUGCAGAAGUUCAUUCUGGACUGGGCCGAGGGAAAAGCUAAUCAGGAUGUAGAUUUCAUGUUUGUGCUUCCAUUUCGAGAGCUGAACUUGAUCCGAGAUCAUCAAUACAGUCUUCACAGACUUCUGCUGGACUUUCACCCUGAACUUCAAGAUCGGGAUUCAAAGAUUUACGAGGAGUGUAAAGUUGUGUUCAUCUUUGAUGGUCUGGACGAAAGCAGAAUCACACUGUUUUCUGAUGCUCAGAAAGUUUGUGAUGUGACUGAGACUUCAUCAGUGGGUGUGUUGAUGUCAAACCUCAUGAAAGGAGAGCUUCUUCCCUCUGCUCUCAUCUGGAUCACCUCCAGACCAGCAGCAGCCAGUCAGAUCCCCUCCCAAUACAUCAGCCGUCUGACAGAAAUUCAGGGAUUCAAUGAGCCUCAGAAGGAGGAAUAUUUCAGGAAGAGAAUCAGUGACCAGCAUCAAGCCAGCAGAAUCAUCUCACACAUCAGAAGAGCAAGAAGCCUCCACACCAUGUGUCACAUACCAGUCUUCUGUUGGAUCUCAUCCACUGUGCUUCAGAAGCUCCUGGAAGAAGAUCUGAGUGCAGAAAUCCCUGAAACUCUGACUGAAAUGUACAUCCACUUCCUGCUGACUCAGAUCAACAUGAGGAACCAGAAGUUUGAAAAGAGAGAUCCAGAGAAACUCCUGCAGUCCAACAGAGAAGUGAUUGUGAAACUUGCUGAAGUGGCUUUCAAACAGCUGAUGAAGGGCAAUGUGAUGUUCUAUGAGGAUGACCUGAUUGAAAGCGGCAUAGAUGUCACUGACGCCUCCGUUAAUUCUGGGAUUUGCACUGAGAUCUUUAAGGAGGAAUCAGUGAUUCAUCAGAGCAAAGUCUACAGCUUCAUUCAUCUGAGCAUUCAAGAGUUUCUCGCUGCGUUUUACUGGUUUCACUGCUGUACAUGCAGUACUCUCACAGUGCUUGAAUAUUUUGAACCAUUGUAUAAUUUGCUUAAAGGUGCAGUAGAUAAAGCUCUUCUGAGUAAAACUGGACAUCUUGAUCUUUUCCUGCGAUUUCUGUUGGGGAUCUCACUGGGGUCCAAUCAGAGACUCUUACAGGAUCUACUGACACACACGGUGGACACCUCACAAACCAUCAAGAAAAUCACACAGUACAUUAAAGCUAAAAUUAAACAGGAUGAUCUCUCAGCUGAAAGGUCCAUAAAUCUGUUUCUGUGUCUUCUUGAAGUGAAUGAUCAGACUCUGUACAGAGAGAUUGAGGUGUUUGUGAGAUCAAACAAACACUCAGAGAAGAAACUCUCUGUUGCCCACUGUUCAGCAAUAGCCUACAUGCUUCAGAUGUCAGAGAAGGUGAUGGAUGAGUUUGAUCUGAAGAAAUACAACACAACACAGGAGGGUAGAAGAAGACUCAUUCCAGCUGUCAACAACUGUAUAAAGGCUCUACUUGCUAACUGUAAUCUCACGGUUGAGUCCUGUAAAAUUGUGUCUUCAGCUCCUCUGAGAGAGCUUGAUGUGAGUAACAAUGAUCUACAGGAUUCAGGAGUGAAGCUGAUCUCUGAUACUCUCAAGGACCCAAACUGUCAACUAGAAAUACUGAGGUUAUCAGGUUGUAUGGUGACAGAUGAGGGCUGUUAUUAUUUGGCUUCAGCUCUGAGUUCAAACCCUAAACACCUGAGAGAGCUGGACCUGAGCUACAAUCACCCAGAACACUCAGCACCUCAGCUGCGCUCUUAUCAAAAUGAUCCAGACAAUGCACUGAAUAUACUCAAGUAUGAACUCAACACUAUGGCUGCAUUUACACUGCAUGGUUCAAGUGAUCCAAAUCCAAUUUUUUCCCCCCCAUGUGGCACAGAUCAGAUAUGGCCCACAACCAUUUUAGACUAUGGAGGACUUUGCAGGGUCAAACCAGGACUGCAGAAAUAUUUCUGUGAUCUCACUCUGGAUCCGAACACAGUAAACACUGAACUCAUAAUGUCUGAAGAGAACAAAAAAGUCACACAUGUGAAAGAUCCUCAGCCGUAUCCUGAUCAUCCAGAGAGAUUUGAAGGUAUUCCUCAGGUUCUGAGUAGAGAAAGUCUGACUGGACGCUGUUACUGGGAGGCUCAAUGGGAAGUGUGGGCCCGUGUAGCAAUGAGCUACAAAGGAACCAGCAGGAAAGAAGGCACUAAUAGUAUGUUUGGGCUUGAUGACAAAUCCUGGAGUCUUUUCUGCAACGCCAAUGGAUUUAACAUUUGGCACAAGAAUAAAACCAAAAACAUACCUUUUAGAUCUUCAUCUAAAAAAGUAGGAGUUUAUCUGGACUGGCCAGCCGGCACUCUGUCCUUCUACAGCAUCUCUGACACUCACACACUCACACACUUACACACAUUCAACACCACAUUCACUGAACCUCUAUAUGCUGGAUUUAUGAUGAAUUUACUCAACUCCUCAGUGUCUCUGUGCAAUUAAACAUGCAUGCACACGCACACACACACACACACACACACACACAGAUUUUGUAGUAUGAUUGAAGUGGACUGUAUUAAGUUUGGUACUGUACCUAGCUUUACUUAAGGUGUGUUGGACUGUAUUAAAGUGAAUGAAUUGAAGUGAUGAUACCUGUUGUUAACAAGCUAAAUAGUGUUUAGUGUUGCCUUUCAUUGGGCUCUUAAUGUUUUUUUAAAUUUUUUUUUAUUUUAUUUUUUUCAUUUUUGAUAUUGUGUGUUCAUAAAGCGUAUUUAUUAUGACACAAUUACAAGUCAAAAUCAAAUGUUGUUGGUUACUUAUUGAUAGUAAUAUUGUCAGCAUCAUGAAGUAGCCUAAAUCAUUACUUUUUCAACUUUGUUUCGUCAUAUUGUGACCCUGUCUGGCUAAAUCCAGGCGAAUCCCACAUUAAAUCCUCUUGACAGUUCUCUCUCAACUGGUUCCAUUGUUGUCAGCAUUAAGUCUGAGAAUGAUUCUGUGGGCUAUAUAACACUUUUAAUGGUCAAGAAAUUAAAGGUGUCAUAGAAUGUAUUGAUAGAGUAUUUUAAAUUGCUUUCUGAUAUCUACAUAGAAGGUAUAUAUGGCACUGGAACAUAACAUUUAUUUCCAUGAUGUUCCAUUUUCACUGUUGUCCGCACUUGUUUCUUUACAAUACCUGCAGAACUUCUGAUGAUUCAGCUGUGUAGGUUCGGCUGGCGGGUAUAUGCAAAUGUUGGGGACGUCGUGAUCCUGACUGAUACGUCACAGUCGGUGUUAUGUUCUGAUUUGCCUGUUUUUCAGUGGUCUUUUUUAUUCACGAGAUUUACAUAAGAAACAAUGGUGUUUGAGGCUGACGGUAUGUAAUUUCCAUGUACAGAACUGUAAUUAUUUUACUAUGCUAAGGUAAAUACAGUUUUCCAUUCUAUGGCACCUUUAACACUUUACAUUAAGGUUCCCUUUAUAAAGGGUUUAUUAAGGUGUUCAUAAAUUACUAAUAACUCAUUUACAAAUGCAUUAUAAAUCACUGAUAAACAGUUUUAUAUGCAUGAAUAAAAAGGUUGACCCGCAAAUGAAGUUUGCUAAAUUAAAAAAAAAAAGUUCUCUUUUUCCAAAUGGCAUGAGACUUUGUACGGCGGUCAACACUUUCUAGAUCUACAAAUAAAAAAUAAAAUUGGAAUGAUUUCUUGAUUUUAUGUUGGUGUGAAAAAAACAGUUGCACUUAUGGUCUCAAAAUGUAAUUUUUUAACAAAUUGUUGUUGUUUUUUUAAACAAAUGUAAUUUUACUCUGUUUAUUAAUGUUUUUACUCCACAUUUGUGUAGUUUUUGGAAGACUUAUGAUAUAUUUUAAAUUUAUAUAAAUGAAUUAAAAGACAUUUUUAUAUAGGCUUUUAUACAAAAAACAGCUUUUUAUGUAAAAUUCACUUCAUAAAAGACCCACAUUUCUAACUUUCA